GCUUCCAUGUUUCGCACCAUCCACACCUUGACACCAAAGACAAGCGUCUUCCCGCCGACCUCUCUUCACUUCAAGCUCAAGACCACCAUGGCUCCCAGUAAGCGCAAGGCCUCAGCGCCGCCUCAGACCUCACACGUCAAUGGCAACCCUUCAGCCGACAAGAAGCGCAAAACCACCACCGAUGCUCCUCCCACCAACCCCAACACGUCCUCGGACCCCCUCCGUGCACCACACCCCUUUUACAAGGACUCCGAAACCCACGGCAUUGUCCUUCGCAAGUUCUACCCGCAUGAAAUGUCCAACGCGCGGGCCCAAGCCUACAACGACAAUGAACUGCCCCGGCCUAUCGAAACUCUCUAUGCCGCACUAGCUGAGACUGCCGCCCUGCGCAAGUCUUUACCAGUCCGCCAAGCGGUAGUCCACUGGUUCAAGAUGGAUCUCCGACUGCACGACAAUCGCUCCCUCUGGCUAGCCAGUCAGAAAGCCAAGGAGGCCGGGGUGCCCUUGAUCUGUCUCUACGUGUUGAGUCCGGAGGAUCUAGAAGCGCAUCUGAGGGCUCCCAUAAGGGUGGACUUUAUGCUGAGGACCUUGGAAGUCUUGAUGACGGACUUGGAGGAUUUGGGGAUUCCGCUGUGGGUGGAGACGGUGGAGAAACGCAAAGAGGUACCAAACAGGAUAAAAGAACUUAUGAAGAGCUGGGGAGCUAGUCAUUUGUUUUGUGCAAUGGAGUAUGAGGUUGAUGAGUUGAGGAGGGAGGCGAAGCUGGUCAAGUUACUGGCGGAAGGGGAGAAGGGUGAGAAGAUGGCAGCGGACGUGGUUCACGAUACCUGCGUUGUUAUGCCAGGAGCACUGCAAAGUGGAAGCGGAGGGCAAUACGCCGUUUACAGCCCAUGGUUUCGAGCGUGGAUCAAGCACGUGGAAGAAAACCCGGAGUGUUUGGAGAUCUACGAAAAGCCUGGGCCAAACCCUCCCGGCACAAAGGAGAAGCACGAAAACCUUUUCGCUUGCUCUAUUCCUGAGGCUCCAGAGGGCAAAAGACUGCAAGAUGACGAAAAAGCUCGGUACCACUCUAUAUGGCCAGCAGGCGAGCACGAAGCGUUCAAAAGGCUGGAGAAGUUCUGCGACGAGGCUAUCGGCAAGUAUGCAGAGAGGAGAAAUAUCCCGGCCAUGCAGGGGACGAGCAACCUUUCAGUGCACUUUGCUUCGGGGACAUUGAGCGCCAGGACGGCGAUACGCACGGCGAGGGACAGGAACAAUACCAAGAAGCUGAAUGGCGGGAACGAGGGGAUUCAGAGGUGGAUUUCUGAAGUGGCAUGGAGAGAUUUUUAUAAGCAUGUUUUGGUUCACUGGCCAUAUGUCUGCAUGAACAAACCUUUCAAACCCACCUACUCCAACAUCGAGUGGUCCUACAACGUCGACCACUUCCACGCCUGGACUCAGGGACGCACCGGCUUCCCCAUCAUCGAUGCCGCCAUGCGUCAAGUCCUCGCCACGGGCUACAUGCACAACCGCCUGCGCAUGAUCGUCGCCUCCUUCCUCGCCAAAGACCUGCUAGUAGACUGGCGCAUGGGCGAGCGCUACUUCAUGGAGCACCUGAUUGAUGGGGACUUUGCCUCCAACAAUGGGGGGUGGGGGUUCGCUGCUUCUGUGGGCGUGGACCCGCAGCCGUACUUCAGGGUGUUUAACCCGCUGCUGCAGAGCGAGAAGUUUGAUCCUGAUGGCGAUUAUAUCAGGAAGUGGGUGGAGGAGUUGAGGGACCUUCCCGAUUUGAAGGGCGGCAAAGGUGGGGAGAUCCAUGAUCCUUAUGGACGCGGAAGUGAGAAGGUCAAGAGGAAGUUGGAGGAGAAGGGGUAUCCGAGGCCGAUUGUGGAGCAUUCGGGUGCAAGGGACAGGGCGUUGGAUGCUUACAAGAGAGGGCUGGCGAGGGAUUUGUGAAAGGGGAUAGUGUUGUUCUUGGGGACCUAGGGUUGGGUAGUUGUUUAUGAUCCUGGCUAUGGCUUUUUAUGUGUGAAAAAAAA